UCUCAUUUUUCUCCUUGCCUGCUGCUGUGUGAGACGUGGCUUUGCUUCUCCUCACCUUCCACCAAGAUUGUGAGGCCUCCCCAGCCACACGAACUGUGACAAAACUGAGGCUCAGAGGCCAAUGGCCUUGUUCAAGGUCACACGCCCACUAAGUGAGACACCUGGAGACCUGGCAUCACAUGUCAUGAGGACAGGGAUGGUGGUGUAUCCCCACAGUGUGGCCAGGGUGGCCAAGAAGGAUACCCGAUCUUGCCUCCUGGUGGGAACGCGUCAUUCUCAGAACUGCAGAAGGAUGAAGAGGGAGCCGGAAAACAGAAGCUGCACCAGGUGCAGCAGCAGCACUAUUGUUUGCUACAAUACACAGAUUAUUCUCCAGGAGAAAAUAAAUACAUCGUUUGAACCAAGAGUCUCCAGGAGUGCCAAGAUUCAGGCUGGAGAGAAGGAGAAGGCAACACAAAGCCUGUUUCAAGAAAAGCCUCCAGUGGGUGCACGGAAUGGGAAGCACACACAGCAAGUAACUAGGGAGGGUGUCCUCCUCGGUGACCCACGACUCAGGACAGGAGGGACCCUAGCUACAAAGUCAUCAUCUGGUGAUUCCUCCCAACUGAAGCUUUUCAAAAUGCUGGCACAGGCCCAGCUGGAGACAGCUCUGGAAGCUGCCAUCAUAUCCUGUUUCUCCUCCCAGAGCCCUGCUUGGCCUCGCUGGCUGGGGAUUUAUGCCCCUCUUUGUCAAGCCUCCCUGAUGAAUCGCAUCCAGGAUGGCAGCGAAGUCAAUGGUAUUCAUCUCACCGAGACCUCAACCUUCUCCUUUAAAUCAUUGCUCAUGUUGGCAGCCGUUUGUUCGCUCGUGACAGCCUGGCCCGGGCCUGGCUGCUCCAUUAGUGAGCCUCCCAGCCGGAGAAGAGCCUGCAGGGCUUGGCAGGGGCUAGAGGAGCCUCUGCAACCUUCUCCUCAAAUGCCAUCCCUUCUUUACCUGGCCAAGCUUCCAUUUGGUCACCUGAAGUCUGAGAAUCUAACCCUAGAUCCCCAAAGGAUCCCCCUGUCAGGCACACCUCUCACCUAUCACUUACUGUAUUAUAUAAAAAGUAUCUGUUGAUAUUACCAGGUUAUUAAUGCUUCUAGGCCAUGGACGUGCAUGCUUCCUCUCAGUAUUCCCAAUGCCUAGUGGAGUGCUUGGCUCAUAAUAGGUACUCAGUGGCUGUUUGAUAAACAAACUGUUUAAAUUGUGGAGUGGAUACAACUUCUUCGGAAAACUACUUGGCAGUCUCUGCUGAAGCUAACCAUACCUAUGCUGUAUGACUCACUGGAGUUUAUAUCCAACAAAAAUGAGUGCUUGUGUCUAUCAAAGACAUGUACAAGAAUGUUCAUGGCAACCUUAUUCCUAUAGGCCUAAACUAAAAAUUGCCGAAAUGUCUAUCAACAGUAAAAUAGGCAAAUAAAUUACAGGCAUGUUUAUUCAAUGAUUCGAUUGCAUUUGUGUUAAUGCAGCAAUGAAAAAGGACAAAGUACUAUUCAUACAAUAUGGAUGAAUUUAACAUUUAAAAUGUCAAACAAAAGAUGGCAGAUACAAAAGGGUAUGUAGUGUAUGAUUACAUUUAUAUGAAAUUCCAAGACAUGCAGAAGUUAUCUAUGAUAAUUAGAGGUCAGAAUGGUUAUCUUGGAGGAGUGGAUGGUGGUGGUAGUUAUUGACUGGGAGGAGAUAUGAGGAAGCCCUCUAGGGUAUUGGAAAUGUUCUAAAUUUUGAUCUGGGUGGUAGUUAUACAGGUGUAUACAGAUGUAAAAAUUCACUGGGCUAUAUACUUAUUACCUGUAUACUUUACUGCAUGUAAGUUAAACCUUAUUAAAAAUGGUAAAGAAAAUCUGAAAUGGUUCUCAUUCAUUUUGUAAUCUGUGCCUCAAUGUAGUCUCACGCUACUGCAUAUCUAAAACCAGACAGAAUUAUUACAUUGAGUUGUUUCUAUGUUUUAGAUUAUAAAAACAAUUGAUACAUUGCAUGUGCAUUUUUUUACUCAAGAGAAUGCCCUCUAGAAAUUUUAAGCAUAUCGCCCCCUGCUUCCCAACAU